GCAUUGAACAUGGUAACUAUCAAGUCACGUUACCCUAUCCGUCGCGCCGACAAACUGAUCGACCAACUUCGCAAAGCUCGCUUCUACUCGAAAAUAGAUUUACAAGGGGUUUAUCACCAGAUUCGUGUAGUCGCAGCCGACUGUCACAAGACCGCGUCUCGUACUAGGUACCGGAGUUUCGAGUAUGUAUUUAUGCCCUUCGGACCGACGAACGCCCCAACGACUUUUCAGAUGACCAUGAACCAGAUCUUCAGUUCGCUCGUAGAUAAGUUUGUUAUAAUUUAACUAGACGAGAUACUGAUUUA